AUGUCCAAGUCUCUUGUGAGAUCUAUUAAAAAUGUUACCAACGGGUACACCAGUACUCAGGUUAAGGUUAGAAAUGCCACUAGUAAUGAACCGGUUGGCCCAACUUCCCAAGAACUCCACGAAAUAGCCCAGCUCACUUAUCAAAACCAUGAAGUCUUGGAAGUUAUGGGUAUGCUCACCCAGCGUCUUAAUGAUAAGGGAAAAAACUGGAGACAUGUAAUGAAAUCUCUUACUCUUUUGGAGUUUCUUCUUCUUAAUGGCUCUGAGGCAGUUGUUCUGUGGGCUAAGGAAAACAUAUUUCUUAUUAAGACCCUAUGCGAGUUCCAGUAUCAUGAUGACUCUGAUAUUGACCAAGGCCAAAAUGUCCGUGCCCGUGCAAAAGCCCUCACCGCACUUCUUCAAGAUGAUGACCGGCUUAGACAUGAGCGCCGCGAGCGUCGUGGCCGGAAUGGCCGCCGCCGUCAUGGCGACUAUGAUCGUGAAUUUGAUGAUGAUCAUACCAGAGGUUCCAGGAAUAGCAGUCGCCGCAAUGAGACUCGACGACCGUCAAGAAUCCCUGCUGAGGAUGAAGAAAUGCGUCGUGCACUAGAAGAAAGCCGAAUCACUGCCGAAGAAGAGGAAGAAGCUCGUCGUCAGCGCCUGAAUGCAGGCGACGACGAUGAUCUUCGCCAAGCCAUUAUGCUCAGUCGCGAAGAAGACGAACAACGACGAUUGGACCAAGAAAAGGCUUUUCAAAUCAACAAACAAAAUGAAAAUCUCAUUGACCUCAACGCCCCUGCUGUCCAGCAGCCUCAGGUUGCCAUUCAGUAUCAGUUCACUACCCAGCCCGCAUAUGUUACUGGCCAAUACGACCAAUUCGGAAAUCCUCUCAAUGGUGUUCUUUAUCAACAACCCGUCACUACUGGUUAUAUUCAAAACAUGUAUUCUGUCGAUGGUCAGUACACUGGUUAUCCAGCUCAACAACAACAAGCCUUAUACCAACAGCCUACUGGCGUUUUUACUACACAACAAUACCCACAACAGCAAGUCCAGCCAGAACAGCAACCACUGGCGCCCAUGAAGACUGGUUCCAACAACCCAUUUGCAAAGCUCUCCAACCAACCCGCCACAACUUAUACUGGACCCUCACUUAAUGAUAUUCAGCAGAAACAGCAGUUAGAACAGCAACAACAACAACAACAACAACAAUACUUCUUACAGCAACAACAAGCUCAACAACAAGCUCAACAACAAGCUCAACAACAGGCCCAACAGUUGCAGCAACAGCAACAGCAACAACAACCACUUAAGGCUGUUCAUACUGGUCGUUCAGAACACGUUGAGGAACUCAACACUUUGCUGGCGACCGGCACGGGUCUUGAUACCUUUGGUAACACUGGCGAUUUGCGUAUCCCUUCUCAACACACACGCUCACAGUUUAUUAACUCGCAAGGUACUGGUUACCAGGCUGGGUUCCAGCAGGCGCAGACUACAAACAACCCGUUUAUGGGUGCUCAGUACACAGGUGUCCCAUCGACAAACCCUAUCCAGCCUGCUUUCACUGGUUACGGGUUUGGAAAUGCCCAGCAGUCUCAACAGUCUUAUCAGCAGCAACAGCAGCAACAACAGCAACAGCAACGACAACAGUAUGCUUAUGGUGGACAGCCAAGCUUGAUUGAUAUUUGA